AAAAUGAAAAUGAUGAGACAGAUCUCUCUGUUGUUUACCAUUGACGCGUUUGGAACAACACCCACUGCGUAGCUCACGGAGCGAAGCAUGAUCUCGAUACAAUCGACAGGCGCUCUGAUCAGGAGAUCGGAACGGUGAAGCAGGAAGAGGUUAGCAUCGACGCGCCACUGGGAGAACCCCCACCAUGCCCUCAUCUAAAUCCUCAAUCGACGGUCGAGAUGUCUAUUACCGCCUGGGCAAGAGCGCAGGGUAUCGAGCGCGAUCAGCUUACAAGCUCAUUCACCUCGAUGAAGAGUUUGGAAUCUUUGAAGGAGUCGAGACUGCUGUCGAUCUCUGUGCUGCGCCUGGGAGCUGGAGUCAGGUCUUGACCCAACGACUCAAACCCGGUAAUGGCAGGAAAAUUGUCGCUCUGGACCUUCAACCAAUGGCACCAUUACCUGGCGUUAGCAUUUUGCAGGCCGAUAUCACCCAGCCGUCGACUGUCCCGCGAGUCCUCGAGGCCUUGGGCAGUCGUAAAGCAGAUCUGAUAGUAUGUGAUGGAGCACCAGAUGUCACCGGGGUUCACGACCUGGAUGCUUACCUGCAUUCUCAAUUGCUCUUGGCUGCUGUCACGCUGUCGCUGCUACUCCUCGCACCACACGGCACACUCAUCAUGAAGAUCUUUCUCUCGCCUCAUGAUCCGAAAGCCACAAUGCUUCAAUCUCAACUGAGAGGUUUCUUUCCCGGGGACUUUUCGAGCCCAGCAUUUGAGGAUAUGACAGAGGAGGAGGAGGAGGGGGAGAUGGAGGAGGAGAAGAAAGAGGCAUCGGAGCGCAAGACGGAUUGUCCUCAGAGUGGAGUCUACAUCCGAAAGCCACGAAGCAGUCGAGUCGGCAGCGGCGAGGCUUUCAUUGUCUGUAGAGAUUUUGACGCGACUCGACUUCCGUGGUCUGCAGCACCCUUAGCUUCGGUUCUCGAGUCGCUCCAUCAGGACUCUAAGGGGAGCUUGUCGCUACUUACGCUGGAGACUCUGUUUCCGGACACCACAUCGAGCCCAGAGUGGGAGAGACUUAAAACGUAUGCCACCAGCGGAGAUCUAGAUUCCCUUCCGUCUGCACCGCAGAUCCAGUCACCAAUCGCGAGGCCAAUAGAAAGGGAUGCGCUUCCUGGGAGAUCCAGAGAGAGUCUCAAUGCGAGAAGAAUGUGGAUAGAUACGGGAUCUAGAAGUCCAUCACUCGCAUCCGUUUCUCCAUCUACCUCUACUUUGGACGUACCGUGGGAUCGGCGCCCGACACCUUUACCGUCCCCCAGUCUAGGAUGGCCUGGAGAUGCGAACAGGGAUGCACCAUCACCUGCUCCAAGUACGAGUAGUAAGACCGACAUCUUCUUCGGUUCUAAUGAAGACUUUCUGCCAAAGCCCCCGAAGCCCAUGUCGGUGGGCCUCGACGCACAAAUGACGGUAACUCCCUCAAAGGCGGAUAUCUCGAUCCCUGCUCCUCGUCCUGGACACCUUGGACACAAGAAGACCAUCAGUGUCGACAUUGUCGUCCGGGCACCUACCGUUGUACCGGCUCGCUCCGUAUCUCAGCCCCAAUCGGCGGGCCCAGAAGGUCCUACGGACACUACGACUCUGUCUCACGGCAGAUCGAAACACGGCGCUCCUCGUCGGGAAACCAGAGAAGCUCAAGACGACGGACUUCAGCUUGCAUCCGGCGCUGAGCUAUUCGACGACUCAAAUAGCUGGAUCCUCAUCACUCGUCUGGGUGAUGGCGCAUUCUCAUCCGUAUGGUCUGCUCACCCAAAAGACUUGCCUCAUUCUGUCUCCGCUGUCAAGCUCACUUCUCGUGACGCCUGCGAUGAGGAUGCUCGGACACGGGUAGCUUUCUUACGAGAAGUCUCGGUCUUGAGACAUAUAUCCCACCCGAACAUCGUAGCGUAUCAAGCUUCUUUCUCCACUGCGACAUAUCACUGUCUGAUCCUUGAACAACUCCCUGGAGGAGAGCUGUACGAGGUACUUGUCGAUGACAUUCGGAAACGCCAAAUGUGUCGACGGAGUCCUGAGGAUCCCUCUGGCGAAGCUUUCGCUCGACGAGUCUUUAGUGAGCUUGUCAAAGCUGUUGGAUGGCUACAUAAAGUGGGAGUGGUGCAUCGGGACAUCAAGCUCGAGAACGUGCUUUUCACAGUCAAUCCCUUCACCGUGUGUUCUGAUGACUGUCCCAUCCCGCUCGACAGAUUGCCUUCACCUCUGGUCAAGCUCACCGACUUUGGUCUUGCGCGAUUCAUUGACCUGGACCACCCGACACUCGAGACUCGCUGUGGAUCUGAAUCUUUCGCGGCUCCUGAAAUCAUCAUGGGCAAAAAGUACGACGGACGACAGACUGACUGUUGGGCGCUUGGUGUUCUUCUCUUCGCUCUGCUUGUCGGGCAAUUGCCUUUCGACAGCGAUCACGAAGAACGUCGGAAGAAGAUGAUGCGAAUUGCCAAGGCCGAUUUCCGCUGGCCAUCAACUGUGGGCACACAAGGUGCUCGAGAGAUUGUCCAAACUCUGCUCAUGCGAGAUCCUAAAAAACGAUCCUCAGCCGAUCAGCUGUGGAAUCAUCCGUGGAUGCAAGGUCCAGGGGGUAUCUCUCGACCCACUCAAGUCACACCUAUCAAUGGGCAUAUCAAAGGUCAUCGCAGGAUCCUCGAUGGAUAUCUCCUAGAUGAAGAAGUCUCCUCAGACGCCACCACGGAAAUGAUCAAGUAGGGUGAUGUGUUCUGGCGCCACUUGUUCCGCGAAGGAGAUGAGCGAUCCUUUCACCCAAUCGCUUGAAAGGAGGUCCAUUCUGGACUGGACUCACUGCUUGGCAGCUGGAAGGGGUUC